AUGGUGGAAAAACUGCUCAAUGACGUCUCCUACAGGCAUCAGACGGAGACGAUAUUUCUGCCAUAUGUUAGGGAAAGAUUUGGCAAUAACUUUGUGUUCCAAGAUGACAAUGCCACCGUCCACAGUGCACGUAUUUUACAGGAUUAUCUCGUCCAGGAAGACGUUACAAGAUUGUCAUGGCUUGCAAGUUCUCCAGAUUCUCCCAAACCAACGGGUCGACGACCACGAAAACCGGGAGUGGAGAGAAAACCUCGGCAAGCCUAUUCUGCCAAACAAUUAGAAAGAUUGGAAGCGGAAUUCAAGGUCGACAAAUACCUGAGUGUCAGUAAACGCAUGGAGCUAUCAGCAGCUUUAAACCUCACUGAGGUACAGAUUAAGACUUGGUUUCAGAACCGGAGAACAAAGUGGAAAAAGCAAAUGACCACAAGGAUGAAGAUCGCUCAGCGUCAGGGGAUUUGGCCCCCACAUUAUCUCACCACAAGUCAUGCCUUUAGCCCCUUUCUGAGUACCCCCUACAUAACUCCAGGUUUCGGUUCUAUCCACUCUUCGCCUGCCGGGACACGUGGCUCGGAAGAUCCGACAUCUGCGCUCAGCCUUGCGUAUGGAAACAGCGGGUGCACGAGUAACUCACUGACCGAGCAAGUAGAAGGAAAGAACUAA